GCCAUCAACGCAUGCUGGCGUCGCCAGUGUGGCCCUGCGCAAGGAGACCGAGCUGUCUCCGCCGGUGCUGUUGCUGCACGGCCGGCCGGUGCUGCGCGAGCGAGGUGCAUGACCCCCGCACACCCAUCCGCUGGUCGCCAUGCGGAAGACUUCUCAAGAUGAUACGACAUCUAUAACAAGUGGUACAGAGAAUGAAGGCAGAAAACCUUCAACGGGACUAGCAAAAAUAAAAAGAAGCUCUAUUAAAAAGAAAGUGCAAAAUUAUAGCAACGAAUCAGACGAUGGUGUUGUUGAGCCUUUAUUACAAAAAGAUAAGGAAAAGAUAGAGUUUUCAAGUCAAAGUGCCAAAUUUUCGAUUUCAAAAACGAAUACUCUUGUAGGCAAUGAUAAAAUGGAUGAUACAGACAAAUUACUCCCUGACAUCAAAGUUGAAAAAUUACCACUUGCUAGCUCCAGUGUGUCAGACAAUCUAAUUAACGGUACCAAAACUUACGCAUGUACACCCAGUGCCAUUCAUAAUCAUAUGAACACAAAUAUAUUUAGUAAUACCGAUGCAAUAAAAAAUUCAGUAGUGCCUAAAAGUCAAAUUUUAGUUGAAAUUGAUGGGAAUAAACCAAGCAGCUUCAGCUCUGGACCUUUAAUAUUUACUACUGCCAAAAUUCACACCGAUGGAAAAACAACUCAAAUGGAACCAGUACAAGUAACACCAGUGCCAAUCUUUUCCACAGUAGAGGGUAGUGUUAUAAAAACUAGUUCAAUAGUUGAUAAUCAAAAAGUUGACAAAGUGACAUCGGGAAAAAGUGUAUUAAAUAGUUAUGCAAAAUCAUCAGAUGUGGAUACUAUUAAGAUCGAUUUGGAUGUAAAAACUGCUACAGGAAAAUUAAUUUGUAGUAAACCGGAAUCUACGAGUAUUGUAAGUGGUUUCCCUAAAAUAUCUCAAAGUUCCUUUGAGGACAAGAAAGGUAUAACCAGUACCACAAGUAAUUCCAAAAUAUCAAAUCAGGUUGCCUCAGCAGCUAAAAUAAGUGAAAGCAAUACGAUGACCACCUUUGCUGCAAGUAUUAGUAUGACUAAACCGGGUAUAACUAAACCGCAGUCUACUGUUAGUGGUCUUCCUAAAUUGUCUCAAUGUUCCUCUGAGGGCAAGAAAGGUUUAACUGAUACUACAAUUAAUUCCAAAAUAUCAAAUCAGGUUAUCCCAGCACCUAAAGUAAGUGAAAGCCAUACGAUGACCACUACUGCUGCUGCAAGUAAGAGUGUGACUAAACCGGAUAUAACUAAACCGCAAUCUACUGUAAGUGGUCUUCCUAAAUUGUCUGAAAGUUCCUUUGAGGACAAGAAAGAUUUAACUAAUACUACAGGUUUAAUUAAUUCCAAAAUAUCAAAUCAGGGUACCUCAGCUGCUAAAAUAAGUGAAAGCCAUACGAUGACCACCACUGCUGCAAGUAAGAGUGUGACUAAACCAGAUAUAACUAAACCGCAGUCUACUGUAAGUGGUCGUCCUAAAAUAUCUCAAUGUUCCUCUGAGGACAAGAAAAGUUUAAUCAAUACUACAAUUAAUUCCAAAACAUCGAAUCAAGUUACAUCAGCUAUAAUAAGUGAAAGCCAUACAAUGACCACUACUGCUGCUGCGAAUAAGAGUAUGAUUAAACCAGAUAUAGCUAAACCGCAAUCUACAGUAAGUGGUCUUACUAAAGUGUCUCAAUGUUCUUCUGAAGACAAAAAAGGUUUAACCAAUACUACAAUUAAUUCCAAAAUAUCAAAUCAGGGUACCUCAGCAGCUAAAAUAAAUGAUAACAAUACUAUGGCCACCACUACUGCUGCUGCGAGUAAGAGUGUGAUCUCGACUUCGUUGACACCUUCUGAAAUGGGUACUUCUGCUAUGCCAAAAUUAGUAGGAAACGAGGUGCCAAAAAUGCAAGUUACAGACAAAAAGAAUACACUUGGCAGCAAACAGGAGAUAGACGUUAAUAAAAACUUCCAGUUACCUACAUGCUCAUCUUUGCCUAUGAAUAACUCUAACUUGGAAAAAGAUGUAACAAGUAAAGAUUCAAGUAAUACUAAGCAAUUACAACGUCCGACAAGUAAGAUUGAGGACGUCCAAAAUAAUAAGAAUGCCAAAACAAAUUCAGAGGGUAAGGCAAUUAUGACGGAAAAAAUGCCAUCUACUUCAAAAAGUCAAACAAUUGAUGCGGAAAAUCAAAACAAAAACAAUGAAGCUACUAAGUUAAGUAGACCAGUCGUAACAACAAUACAAGAUAAAAUAUCUACACCACUUCAAGUUAGUAAUAUAUCAAAAACACAAAAACUGACUGAUAAAUUUUCAACUGGAUCAUCUGCGACGACCACUCCGAGCUCUACUUCUAACAUGGUCCCCAGUACAAAUACUACUCCAAAAGUAACAGGUACAACAAUAAGUGAUAGUACUGGGAAGAAAAUGAGUACAAGCAUAUCUUCUGAGUCAGGUGCAAAUCCUACAGUGUCAACAAUAUCACCGGCUUUAAAGACUGUUGGCCCUGAGUCAAAAAUAUCCACUAAAAUAGAAUCAGUUAGUCAUAGUGCACCACUAAGUAAUACGGGAACUACAAGAACUACCACAAACAGUAUUAAUACUCCUACAUCUAUGACAAGUUUAGCACAAAACAGUACAAAAGAAUCGGCGCAAAAAACAGGCAUGGCACAGACGGCCAAGACAACAAUAUCUACCAACAAACCAACAGUUGCUCUAACGUCUUCAACAACUCCUCUGAGUUCAUCGGGGCCAAAGUCCAUAAGUUCGAAUGCACCAAUAAGUUCGUCUGUGGUACCUUCUAAAAGCGAUAUUCAAAAUAAUAAGUUGAAUCAACCAAAAGAUCAAGUAACCCGUAGCCAAAUACGGAGUCCAACAACCUCUUUGGUAACAACAGGGUCUUCUGCAAUAAAAUCCCCAACAACCACAGGUAAAACACCUUCAACUCCGUUAACGUCCGCUGCGAAGACGAUAAGUGUUAGUUCAAAGCCUUCUACUAGCGGGGUGACAUCUAAAGAUACACAAAUGCCUAAUCUUGGAAAAGUUGGUGACAACAAAAGCGUUUCCAUGACUGCUUCGAUUAAAUCACCUACAAUAGUAUCAUCGGCGUCUGUCGUUACUACAACAACUCAAAAGCCGACAGUCAAUAAAUCAACUGAGCUACGAAGUAACGAUAACAAAAAGGAAAAAUUCAAAUAGGUAGAUUUAACUUAUAAUUUAGAUUACACGACGAACUAUAAUUUAGGAAUACACCCUUGGCUCAAUCCAACGUGAUAAUAAGUACCUUUGUUAUAAAUGAUGUUUUUUCAACAAUAUGCUUAUAUUUUAAAUAUGUAUUACAAAUAAGUAUAUUAUGGCCGUGUUUUGUUAUUUUCUGUAAAUAUUUAUUAAAUAAUUUCAAUGUGUGUUAGUUGAUAACCAUACUUACUUUUAACGUAAACUUAUCGCAUUAUAGGAACUUCCUAUAAUGCGUUAUUAGGAACUUGAUUGAUGUCGUUACUUCUACUUUUCUUAGUUAAUACAUACAUCACUAAAUAUUUAAAACAUUGAUCUCUGAAUUCGAAUCUUUCAUGAUGUGACUAGACACGACAGUGCUAACUUACCUUAGGUAUUUAUUAAAAAAAUGUAUUAACAUCCGUAUUUUCAUAGUUAGUCUGUAAUGUAAAAAUGAUAUCAAUAUAAAUUCAUGUGAUUAUACAAAAAUAUUAUAACGUAGUGCACGGCUGUUCUUUCAGCAUUCUGAACACUUGAAGGAAACACGUCUAUUUUAUUAAAUUUUAUUUGUUACGUAAUGUUUUGCAUUUAAAAUAAGUAUUAGACGCAUCAUUACGGCAGCGUGCAUUACGUUAAAAAUAAACUUAUGUAUAUCAGUAAUAGCGUUACUUAUAGAAAAAAAAAAUAUUGUGUCUGGAAUAAUGGACACGUUGCCAACGAGAUGUUUAUGGAUAUGGAUGAACGCAGAUUUUAAUGUAUGAAAAAAACUAAUAAGAAUUUCAACAAAUCAUCGCUUUACAAUGUGGAAAACUGAAUCACCUCCUAUAUUCAUAAUGGUUAUUUACCCUGUUUUUGUCUACUUUCCCGUUAGUUCUGGUGGAAUUGGUUAACUAUUAGCUUUUUUCCAAGUCAUCGCUUCUUUCACGCAAAAAUAAGACACAUGGAAUUGAAAUUUGUAUGAAUUGAUUUUUAUAUUAUGUCUUUACGUAAGUCCAGGUAGCGAAUAACUUCGGGAACAGAUGAUUUUGAUUGGAAUUGAUUGAACAUUGACUAAGGUUAACACAGGAUGACAGGUUGGUAGUCACAGGGGGGGUCGCCAUUAUAAAAAGAAGAUUUUACUUAAAUUUGAUUCUGAUUCGAGAGUAAAGUUGAAUUUUAGCAAUUAGAGCAAACAAAUUAUCAUGCUCGAUGCACCUAUUAUCGAGUGUAGAUUUCAAAAUAAGAAAUUGUGCCAAAAAUUAUAAUAUGACAGACGGCCGCGUGACCAUUUGGUGGUUUUCGUACGAACUGCACCACAAUGCAAAUUAUUUAUAGAGUCAUGGAAGGUUUAUCAUUAAAAAUGUAUUGUUUAUUUUGUAUUUAUUUGAGGAUUUUUAUUGGAUAUCUAGGCACAUCACAAGUUAACAGUUGCGUUUGUUAAAUGAACCUAACCACAGCCAAGCACGAUGGUCAUUAUGUAUGCGUUUAAGAUUGUUAAUGUGCUGUUUGUUAUAGUGGUGCUAAGAAAGACACAAUAUUUUUCAUAGAUAAUAUUUAAAUAUUUUCGAAACUUUAGAGAUGAUUUCUUUCGUCUCGUGCAGUGUCAAUUUUUAUAAUUAUUUAAAUUUAAAAAUAUCAUUCGGUAAAAAUGAGAGAAACGGGCAGGGUAGUGGCAGGUAAAUACCAAUUUACUUCAACAAUCUACUUAUUUUUUUACGUGAUAAAUGAAUAACCGACUUUCCUAAUAAUUAUACAAAUCAAAAACCCUAUUGGUUUUAUAUUUUAGAUGAAUUUUUUUUAACAUCGCCUAUUUAUAAAAUCUACCUACUCGAACUUAUCAACUAUGAAACAUUAUGAAUGAGCCAUCAUUUCUGGUAAUAGCGAAAACAUAAAUUCACCAAGAAUUACAUAAAAUUGUGUGAAUAAAUAAAGUCUGAUAUCAUUGGAACUUCAACAAGGGUACAACCAAAACGUACACCAUCGGCACCCAUCGGGAUGUAGGUAUAUUAUGCUUGUGUAACUAUGUCAGCCUCAUUAACAGUUACGAAAAACAUAAUGAAGUCCAAGCUUUAAAUCUUAACGAAUUUGAUUAAACUAGACCUGAUUAAACCAUUAUGUUGGAAAGCUUUAUUGAAAAGGAAAUUAUCACUAUGCACCUACACUUGUACAGUCCAGACAUUAGUCCCUAAUUAAUUCUAACCGCACCGCAUUUAAUUACAUCUAGGACGUAGGUAACGUAAUCAUGGCAGUGUCGAUUUUAAAUUCCGUAAACGUUCUUAAUAUAACUUAUUAUUUACGGUACAAGCACACACAAAAUCACAUUUAAAUAUUUUUCUUAGGAAUGUUGCACAAAUUACUUGGUACAUACCACUUAUUAUCGUAGGUUCGUCCAACUUACAACAAAUCCGUCUGUUUUUGCACAAACUUUUUUAUUUCAUGUAGGUUCCUACGUAUGCUGCCAAAUUGAAUAACGCUCAAUAAUUCUAUGCUAAGGAUAGCAAUUUCUAUAAAUUCUUACAUAACCACGUUUCUCUAUCUCCAAGCACUCUGCCAAUGACGGAUUCGUAAUAAAAAUACAAACACGUUUGAAAAUCAGCGUUCUAUUAAUAAAUUACAUAAUAAAAAAAAUAUCAAUAUUUCGGCAACAAUUGUAUUUUUUAUGAAGUAUACAAAUUAACCGCAAAUAUUACAAGCCCCAAUUACAUAAAAAAAAUCCCGAUUGUCUUAUGAAAUCACGAUGCUAAGCAUUGGUGAUUCGAGGCAACCAAAAGUGAAAUCACAUCUGCACUUUUUAUAUUUGUUUGACAAUAACUUUAAACAUUUAAAUCUAAAAUGUACGUUAAUGUAAAAUAAAAAUAAUGCAGUCUCUUAAAAUUUUUCGAUUCUUAUUUUUGACGUUAUUCUCAAAUUAGGUACUCUACCUUACAUCAAUUUCUUACGUAGAUAUUAAUGUAGUAUAGACAGGUAUAUACGUACGUGUAUAAUAGGGAACAGCUGUGUGUGUUACGGUUCAAGUAGAUAUUUUUUGAAUAGAAUAUUCUCCUGUCUUCAAUUCAUUUAUCUUACUGGAAAACUAUAGACGCACUAGCUAGUGAAUGUAAUUGAGUAUUAUGUAGUAGGUACACUAUGUUAUAAUUUUGAUAAAAAGCAAUUUGAGGCUUCAGAUACAAUUAACUGAAUGAGCAUGUAGACACUUUAUAAACUUUUUGUUUUGUAUUUAAGAGACGAAGAACGAAUGGUUCAGUAAAUUAAUAAUAAGAUGACUCAAUUAAAACCCAAGUGUUUAGGUAGAUCUUAACAUUGUAUGAAAUCAACUUAGAAAAUUAGACUUGUCGUUUAGAUAUUUCAUUGAAAUAUAACUAGAUUUCUAGUAAUUAAGAAUUGUAAUAAUCCAUUAAGUUGUUAAUAUUUUUUUAGAUACAUUUAUUUUGAUAUAAUAUCAUGUUUUAUCCUGUAGAAAAUGUUUUAUAAUACCUUACGAUUUGUAUGUUUAUUGAUGAUGUAGUACUUAGUAGGUACACCUAUGCUUUUAAAUAGGUAUGUCGUACAUAAUUAGUUCCCCACACAAUAAUGUAACUACUGGAAUGACGGUAGGUGAGGGUAGUGCCCGUGCCGCCGCGGAGUCCUGACGCGCAGGAUCGACUCCCGGUCGCGCGGCGCACGCGCUGGUGCCAAGCCGGUGCGGUCAACGCGCACCUAUACAGGGCAAUGUUUAGGUAUAAUUGCGUACCAGAGAGUAAAUAUCUCAGAGAUAUGUAAGUACGUAUAUUUCCACGAGACAAUUAUAGCUCGCCUAAUUGAUUAGCGAUAUUGUUGUUAAACUUGAUGUAUUUUAGAAAAUUAUUGAUUAAAAAUCGAUGUUACAUAGAUGUUUAUUGUAAAUAUUAGAUAUAUCGAUGCCAAUGAAGUAUGAAAUGUUCUAGAGUGUUAUAGAAGGCUGUAUUUUUGGGUGAUAUUUUAGAGAAGGAAGACAGCAUAUCUUUGAUAAACUAUUUAAAAUACCACAUGAAAAAGGCGAAGAUUGAUGGGCAUAGAAUUGGUAAUGAUGUGAUAACGCAAUGGAUUUAGUUUUAGUGUUGUUGUGCUAUUAAUAAAAUAUGUUCAAAUGUG